UUGACCUAUUCAAAACGUAUUUGUUAAAAACACGUUUAUUUAUUGGAUAUGUCUCCAAAAGGCUGUAAGCGAAUUUUUGUAACAUAUAUAAUACUGCAACUAUGUUUAGCGGAACAAAAUAUCAAACAUAAAGCUCGGAUAAACUACAAACUCAAAGAUGAGAAUAUAUCUAAUGAAACCAGUUCUAGCAGUCUUGCUAAUUGUUUGAUAUAUUGUUCAAUGCAGCAAUAUUGUAUUACGGUAUCAUUUAAAUCACCGACAGAAAAUUGUCUGUUGUCGGCGUACGAUACAAUUGAUGACGGUCUGCAGAUACCUGGUACUCCCAGUGGGUUGUUAUUUGCUGACGGAUGGACUACAAUGACGAAGAUGAGAUAUCCAGUUUUUCACGCCACUGGUCAACAUGGGCGCUACAGUAUGACCUUUGAACAAGCUAAGCAACAAUGCAUUGACUAUGGAACAACUAUUGCCUCCCCGACAGAAGUUAUACAAGCACGAUCCAUGGGGUACCAGAUGUGCGCAUGUAGCUGGAUGUCAGAUGAUUCCAACGGCUUGGUUGUUCAGUCAUACAGCCCCUGGUUGUUGGUUUCAGUAAAACGAUAGUUUACUGUCAUUAUAGCAAAGCAAAUGUCUUUUGUAAACUGGUGUAAAGUAAACUUGCAGAUUCGCUAACAAAAGGGCCAGGAAAAUAUCUUGUUUUCCACAGGUAUGGAUACUAUAGAACAUUUAAUUUAAUCAAUUAACCAAAAUAAAAUAUUCAUGUUGCGUUGCAGAACUACUAAAAAUAAAGUUUCAGUUUCAAGUAUAAUUUGUUACCAAUUAAUUCAGUUGUUUUAACCAUUACCUUACGUCAUAGACAACAAUUCCCUGGCUUCCUUUUUUCAUACGCUAUAGAUCAGACAAAUGACGGAUGUAAUAAAUGUUAAAACGCAUUACUUGGGAAAUUGCACAGCACUUCAUCAUUUGUCAUCGGAAUAAUUUUAUCGAAA